AUUAUGAAGCUUUAUCAUUCAUAAUGACCAAUAGUGUGAAUAUUGAUAAAUAGUAGUCGUAAAGUUAUGAAUUUUAAAAUCACGCGAGAUUUGGGAAAUUGCGGGAAAUCAGUUUGGGAAAUAACAUUACUCUAAAAUCUGCUAAAAAUGGUGCAACUUUCGCAUAUUCCCGACGAUCUGAAGCCUCCAGAUGGAUUUUUUAAAGAUGUGAAAUAUUAUGUAAUCGGUGAUAUUGAUUCUAAGGUGAUAUCCCUGCUGAAUGGAGGUGGUGCUAAAAAAGACUCUUAUCUGACUGAUAUUAUAACACAUGUGAUUGCUGAGACUAGUGACAGUGAGGACAAUGACUACAGCGAGGCUAAGGAACUUUAUGAGUUACCUGUUGUCACUCCAAACUGGGUGGUGCUAUCAGUCAAAUGUGGAGUGUUACUUCCUACAAAUGCCUUCAAUCCAGAGCAUAAUCAGCUUUUCUCUGGUGUUACAGCUUGUCCUUCACAUUUGAGUGAAGAUGACAACAAGUCAGUGUGGGGUCUUAUUACAUACCAUGGCGGAAAUUUUCAACUGAACCUCAACAGCAAAGCUACACAUCUCAUUGUCACUAAGCCAGCAGGGGAGAAGUAUGAAACUGCUCUACAACAUGAGAACAUCACAAUCGUCACACCAGACUGGAUAUUUGACAGUAUUAAAGAAAAAUCUCAAUGUGACCCCAUGAAAUACCACCCAAGGCUACAUAUUAUAUUAAAACCUAAGCCUCCUACCCCACCCACUCCACCAGCCCCCAUCCAACAGGCAUUCACACCCCCAGAUGAAAGGGAACAAUUAGGAAUGCAUCUUCCAUUGACUCUUCCUCCUGGUAUGCAUGGUACACCAACUGAUGGGAAACCUGUCGCUCCCAAACAUAUGAGUCCAAGGGGGUCAGGACCAGGGACGCCAGUUGGCCCAGGGGGAUUUAUGUACCCUGGAGGCCCAGAUACUCCUACUGCAAAAGAAGCACUGGCUAAACUUGUAAACAAUAGAAUCCAUGCGGGUAAAAUAUCAGAGACCCCAGAGAUGCCAAUACCUCAACCUAGGAGUAUGAUACCCCUAGCGCCACCCCCAGGUGCACCACUUGUCCCAGGGAUUUCACCCUCAAUCCCUCCUGGAAUGUCACCCUCAGGAAUGCCAAGUAUGGAGAGUAUGGGAUUGGGGGUAUCGACCCCUCAUGGGCCUCCCCAUAUAGGGGAGAGAGCACAGUCACCUAGAGGCACCCUCAGGAACAUAACCAACAGUGGGUCAGGAAUGGCCCCCAAUUUAACCCCCACAGGUCGACAACCAGGUUCCCCAGGGAGACACCCUGGGUCCCCAGGAAGGCACAGACCCAACACUCCUCCCAGACAAAGUAGCCAGAAGAUCAACCAGAUUCUGAAUCAAAUGGGCCGAAGUGGGUCUCCCCGGGGUAGAGGAUCUAGCCCUCACCCCCUACAUGCACCUGCCAUCAGGGGUCCUCCUGAGCCUCUUUACUAUGGCCAUGAUCCCAGUGAAGCAGUGCCUGCAGAUUUGUGCCUCCUUGGCUGCGUGUUCUAUAUUACUGACUACCAGAAGUUACUCGAGCCUGACAUGAUCACGACAUGGCGUAAAGUAAUCCAGCAGCAUGGGGGUGAGGUGGACACGACAUAUUCUCACAGAAUAACACAUGUGUUGUGUGACAAUCAGACCAGUGACAUAUUCAAAGUGGCUGUGAAAGACCAAAAGAGGGUUGUAUCAGCUCACUGGUUGAAUGAUUGCCUACAGGUGAAACGUAUGGGACCUCCAGGUUUUGCCUUACAUUUUCCUACACCACAUGAUGUAUGUAGCAAGCCAUGUGGAAACCAGGUAAUAAGCUUGACCAACUUUGAAGGUGAAGAGAGAACUAGGAUCAAACAUAUGAUAUCUAUCAUAGGAGCCAAGUACACAGGUUACCUUACAAGAGAAAACACUGUACUUAUAUCAAAAAGACUGGAAGGAGUGAAAUAUGAAAAGGCCAGAGAAUGGAAGAUCCCUAUAGUGAAUGUACAAUGGCUAAAUGACCUGAUGUUUAACCAAUUAGAUGCCUUGAAAUUACCCGUUGCACCCAAGUACCAACAAUUUAACUUGCAUGAUGCAUUUAGGAUCCAAGAGCCCUGGAGAGUUGCUCACCUAUUAGAAGGUUGGAGGGUACCCCUUAAGAUACCUAGAGAUGCAUGGAAGAAACUCAGUCCCAGUGCCAUAAUGAAACAACAACAAGGAAAGAGAAAGGCUGAGGAAACACACCACCAACCUGUAGCCAAGAAACUCAAACUUGAAGGUGGUCUUCCCAACACAGGUACAUCUAGUCCAAAGGUGCUCAUCACAGGGGUCUCUAAGAGAAAGGUUGCAGAACUAGAAAGGAGAGUCGAGUCUCUAGGUGGUACUAUUGUGACGACAGCCAAGCAGUGUUCACAUCUAGUAACCAAUCAGGUCAGCCGUACCAUUAAGUUCCUAACUGCCAUGCCUAUAUGCCGCCAUCUCGUCACCUCAGAGUGGAUCAAUGAGUCAUUCAGUGCAGAUAGGUUUAUUGAUGAAUCCAACUUCGUCUUGAAAGAUGCUAAGGUGGAGCAGGACCUGAAGUUUGAUAUAGCUGAUGCGCUGAAACGUGCAAAACAGAAACCUCUAUUUAAAGACAUGACAUUCUACCUCACCCCCUCAGUCAUGCCAGGUGUGGCACCCCUUAAGGAGAUGAUUGAGAAUGCAGGAGGUUUGGUUGUGCCACGUCGACCCAGGGCCAAGGUUGUCCAGGGACAAAAGAACAGUAAAGGAGAGCCAGUGUUCAUUGUAAUCACUUGUGAGAAUGAUCUACAUCUGUGCAGAGACCUCUUCCAGAAGAAAGUCCCUGUCUUCAAUGCAGAGUUUGUCUUGACAGGAAUCAUCCGACAAAAGAUAGAAUAUGAAGUAUUCCGUGUACAUUUUGCUAAGAAAACAACAGACACUGUGAAAACCUAGUGAAGAUACAAUACUCAUAUUGGGUGUAUGUUAUUCUGGGGGAACAAGAACAAAACUGUAUUUUUUCUUAAUGAAUGUUACUAACUGAAAGUAUACAGUGAGAUACAGUGACAAUUUUAAAUACCAUUGUUUCAAAACAUAUGGGGUAAAUGGGUUCAAGAAUGCUGAAGAAAAAAUGACAUUUAAAAAAGAAGUCCAUGGUGUAUUAUUAAUUGAAAGAGAACAUAUCUUUUAAAGUGCCAAUGACAAAUACUUUUUUUAAAUUAUCUCGUCAAAAUGCAGUCUUUCAAUUUUGAUCAUGUAAAUCCAAUAUGGAAAUUAUUUUAGCUUUACAAUCU